AUGGAGAAGGAGGCGGUGGGGGAGGCAAAGAUGUGUUCAGGCCAGGGAGCUGAGGAGGUGAAGCUGGAGCCUUUACAAGAGUGUAAGCCUGCUUCGGAGGAGAACUUGACGUGGAGUGACAGCGGCGGCGAUAAGGAGGUGCUCCCUUCAACCCCACCUCGCUGUUACAGCAGCUCUUCGCCCCUUUGCCCGCGCCGCAAGCCCCGCCCUCGGCCCCAGCCCCGGGUCCGGGCCCGAGCCCUGCCGGGGCCCUCGGCCCCACCCCAGCCUCCAGCCCAUCCUCCCCCUCAGCUUCUGACCCGGCCCCAGUCCUGGCGCAGAUCGCGGCGUAGAUCCCGGCCUGGGUCUAGGCCCCAGAAGCUGCAAAGCUGUUCUCCUGACCUAGGUGGCUCUGCGGAUCGAGGUGGCCUAGGGGACUGGUUGCUGGAGGUGCAGUUUGAUCAGGGUCCUACAGGCUGCUCUCAUGUGGAGAGCUUUAAAGUGGCUAAGAACUGGAGGAAGAACCUGCGGUUGAUCUACCAGCGUUUCGUUUGGAGUGGGACCCCAGAAACUAGGAAACGUAAGGCAAAGUCGUGCUUCUGUCAUGUAUGUAGUACCCAUAUGAACAGACUCCACUCUUGUCUCUCCUGUGUCUUUUUUGGCUGCUUUACUGAGAAACAUAUUCACAAACAUGCAGAAACAAAACAGCAUAAUUUAGCUGUAGACCUCUAUCAUGGGGUUAUAUAUUGCUUUAUGUGUAAGGAUUAUGUAUAUGACAAAGACAUAGAACAGAUUGCCAAAGAAACAAAAGAGAAAAUUCUGAAAUUACUAACUUCCAUCUCAACAGAUGUUUCUCAACAACAGUGUAUGACAUCAGGUGUUGAAGAGAAACAUUCAACCUGUGAGUCAAAGGAACAGGAGCCAAAAUUGGUGAAACCCAAGAAAAAGAGGAGGAAAAAGUCAGUCUGUACUGUAGGCCUGAGAGGGCUAAUCAAUCUUGGGAACACGUGCUUUAUGAAUUGUAUUGUCCAGGCACUUACCCAUAUUCCUUUAUUGAAAGAUUUCUUUCUCUCUGACAAGCAUAAAUGUGUAAUGACAAGCCCCAGCUUGUGUCUUGUCUGUGAAAUGUCUUCUCUUUUUCAUGCAAUGUACUCUGGGAGCCGAACUCCUCACAUUCCUUAUAAGUUAUUGCAUCUAAUAUGGAUUCAUGCAGAACACUUAGCAGGAUAUAGGCAGCAGGAUGCCCAUGAGUUCCUUAUCGCAAUAUUAGAUGUGCUGCAUAGACACAGCAAAGAUGAUAGUGUUGGGCAGGAGGCCAAUAACCCCAAUUGCUGUAACUGCAUCAUAGACCAAAUCUUUACAGGUGGCUUGCAGUCAGAUGUCACAUGUCAAGCUUGCCAUAGUGUCUCUACCACAAUAGACCCAUGCUGGGACAUCAGUUUGGACUUGCCUGGCUCUUGUGCCACAUUCAGUUCCCAGAGUCCAGAGGGAGCUGACAGCACAGUGAGUAGGGAUGACCACAUACCAGGUAUUCCCUCACUCACAGAUUGCCUACAGUGGUUUACAAGGCCAGAGUACCUAGGAAGCAGUGCCAAAAUCAAAUGCAGUAGUUGCCAAAGCUAUCAGGAAUCUACCAAACAACUCACGAUGAAGAAAUUACCUAUCGUGGCCUGUUUUCAUCUCAAGCGAUUUGAACAUGUAGGUAAACAGAGGCGAAAGAUUAAUACUUUUAUCUCCUUUCCCUUGGAGCUGGAUAUGACUCCAUUUUUGGCCUCCACUAAGGACAGCAGAAUGAAGGAAGACCAGCCACCAACAGAUUGUACACCCAAUGAGAAUAAGUAUUCCUUGUUUGCAGUGAUUAAUCACCAUGGAACUUUGGAAAGUGGACACUAUACCAGCUUUAUCCGGCAACAAAAGGACCAAUGGUUUAGCUGUGAUGAUGCCAUCAUCACCAAGGCUACCAUUGAGGACUUACUCUACAGUGAAGGGUAUUUACUGUUCUAUCACAAACAGGGUCUAGAGAAAGAAUAGUCUUACAAGACACUUACCAGAAAAAAAAGGAAAUGAAUAUACAAGGAUCCUGAAAUGACACAUAAACCUACCUGGAAUGGACAAUGACAAUACCCAUACAACAACAAGCACCUCUUGAAGUUUCGCAAAAACCUACCUGGCAUUGACAAUGACAAAUAGCACCUAUAUGACAAGUAGCACCUUGAUAUAAAGAACCUAUUUUACCAUGGUUUAUGGGUCUGUAAGAGGAAAAAAAAAUACUAACUAGUGACCAUUCAGCCUUAAGAAAUGGGAGCGGGGGAAGAGGUUGAAAAUGGUCACAUAAAGCAUCCUUAAAUGAACAGAUUGUUUUAGAUGGGGAGAGUGGGAAUGGAGAUGUUCUGCCACUGCUGUAUGUCAUUUGUUUCUACAAAAAUACCAUGUGAGAUCAGGGAGUAUUUGUACAUCAACAAAAAGUUUCACAAUUGGUAUUCUAGCUGUGGCUGAUUAGUCAAAUGGUUUGAAAAAAAGAAUAUUGAAAAAAAAAUUUAAAGCCUUACAAGAAAAUAUUUAAAAAGAAGAAAACUUUUUUUUUAAUUUUAAAAGAAAAUGUUUCU